AUGUCCGCUGCUCGGGAGCUGGUCAGGAGUCUUCCUCUCACUAAGAACCUUGACGAGAGUCGGACGCUCGUGCUCGCGAAGAUGCGGGAGAAGAAGGAGCUGGGCGGAAAUGCGAAGUACCUUCGCCGUGACCAAGAACCUUCGACCACUUUAUUUUCCGUGAUGUCAGGCGCAGCGGAUCAGUCGGUGAUGCUGGCUGACGGAAAACAGGUUUUUCACUUACUUCAAUGCGUUGCUCGCGCUGCCUUGGCUAAGGAGACAAGCGCGCAUUUGAAUGGCCUUCUCAAUACGACUAACGAAAGCAUAAACGCCUUCAAGUCGCUAAAGCUUCCUGUUGAACACUGGGAUAUGGUGUUCAUUCAAUGCAUCGAGUCCAAGUUAGCUCCUGCAACACGCAUGGACUGGGCGAAGCAGGUUGAAACCCUUCAGGACGGUUUCUUCCCAAAGUUUGAACUUUUCAAGAAGUUUCUUGAAGACCGGAUCCAGACCUUGGACAGAGUCGAGGCCGUAAUUCAGGCAUCAGCAGAUUCCAAGGGCAAAUUUUCUAACGGUCAACAGGGAAGCUCGGGCAAGCAACCAAAGGGGAAGAGCACCGCUGUUCACACGACAGUUUCCUCCUCUUCAAAAUCAAACAGUUCGAAGUUCUCGGACCCUGGUUCCUGUGCGCAUUGUCAAGGACCACAUUUCAUCAGCAGGUGCAAGGGCUUUGCCGCUCUUUCGCGGGGCAAACGAAAGCACCUUGCUGUCAACAAAGAUCUUUGCACGAAUUGCCUCAGCAACCGUCAAAGCAACCACAAAGUCGACGAGUGCAAAUCUCAAGGGCGGUGUCUCGUGUGCGCUGGGUUGCACCACACGCGACUUCACCAAGACGGACAGCAUCUCGGAUUUAUAACGCAACAUCUCUCUGAAUCCUCAAGGAAAACCACCACGCAUGUUACAUCCAGUUCUCCACAGAUUCUUUGUGAGCAACUACUAGCGACGGCCGUAGUCACCUUGCAAUCUGAGACUGGGGUGUCUCUGACUGCACGCGUGCUCCUGGAUUCCUGCGCAGAGCAAUGCAUCGUUUUGGAAUACGUUGUCCAGGCGCUCAACUUGAAACGCAAACCCGCUCACGUCAUUGUCAAUAGCACGGGCGGCACUCCAAAUACAGUUGCUCAGAGUCGCGUCGGACUCAUUUUGAAAUCGCAACGAGACGCUAAUUUUUUACUUAAGUUCUCAGCUCUGGUGUUGAAAAAGAUCUCCAAUCUGGUGCCCAAACGGCGGGUCAAGCCUCAGGAAAGGUGGAGCCAUCUUGACGGCCUUCACCUAGCCGACCCUCACUACGGAGCGCCCAGCAGACUGCAUCCUCAGCUCGGCAGUCUUUGGCGUCGCUAUGCUACCCGGAAUGCGGCUGUCAAUCCUCUUGAGGCUCCGAUAGCGCACGAGACCGGUUGGGUCCUCAUGGGCAGCGCAAAACCGAACAACAGUCUCAGCGAAAGGACUUCCGUGCAUCACGUCUCCGUCGACUAUGAGCUUACUAAAGCCGUGGCUAGGUUCUGGGAGACAGAAGAGGUCCCGCGUGUGCAUCAGCCGAGCUACCAGGACUGUUGGGACCAAUUCAAGAGGACGAUCUUCCGCAACAGAGAGGGCCGCUAUGUUGUACGGCUGCCCUUCUCCAAAACUCCUCAAUUUUCUGGCAUCGACACGAAGGCGCGAGUCUGCAUGAUGCGUCUCGAACGUCGAUUUGCCAAACAACCCGAUGUCGCAUCCGCAUACUCUGCCUUCAUGCGCGAAUACAUCGACCUUGGCCAUAUGGAGGUGGUUCCGGAGAGCGAGGUGGCAACAAACCAGGCCUAUUAUCUGCCACAUCACCCCGUUUUCAAAAGAGACUGUGACAAAAUUCGAGUCGUGUUUAACGGCUCUCAGAAAGGCGCGAUAGGCGUCUCACUUAAUUCCAGGCUCCAUGCUGGUCCUAAGUUGAUUUGGACUGGCAGUGCAUCUUCUGGAGGUUCUCCCGAGACGCCGUUGCUUUCGUACCGCCUGCUCACGGUGACAUAUGGUACCGCCUCUGCACCGUUUCACGCCAAGGCCUGUCUAUUGGACUUCGCCGAAGCGGAGGCGCAUCGCUUCCCACUCGGGUCCAAGCUGCUCCGAAAAAAUUGCUGUGUGGACGAUUUUUUGGCGGGAGGAGACACACCCGAGAAAGCAGCAGCUGCUAAGACGGAACUUGUUGGCAUCCUAUCCUCCUCGGGAAUGGCGGUGGACAUGGGUUGCCAAUCACGCCGACCUUCUCGGUACAGCUGA